UAAGGUUUAAUUUUCUUUCUUUCUCCUGCAUUACAUAGAACAGUGACGAAGACCAAUUUGGUCAUCUCUUUGUUCAUAAAUUCUGAUGUACUACAAAACAAAAAAGUGGGGUCCACACAUCAUUUUCUGUUCAGCGUUUGGUCAUCUCUCACAAAAAUAAUCAUUUUCUUCAAUUAAUUAACAAAACCCAUUUUUCGCCGGAAAAAGAGAAGUCUUCCUUUUCCGGCGAUGUCUUCGCCUGUCCCGGGACUCAGUCCUACACUUCCUAUUCCCACUGCUCCAACUUCUCCACCGGAUUUAAACUUCACCUCUCCUCCGUCGCCCCCAGCGACCAAUUCCUCCACUGCUUUACCUCCGUCGCCAGCUGGUACGAACUCUACUACUUUGCCGCCGUUGACUAACUCUUCCACUACGAACGGAUCAAGUAUUUCUCCUCCGGCGGCAUCUCCGUCGAGGAAGGAACUUCCGCCGGGAGCUUUGGCCGGGUUGAUAGUCGGAAUAGGGCUUGGAGCAGUGAUAGUGUUGAUUGGUGUCGGAAUAUUUUUUUUCUUUUACCGUAGAAAGAAAAAAAAGGAGGCAGCUGAAGCACUUGGUCACUUUCAAGUACCUCAUUAUAAAGAUAACAAUGAUAAUAGGCCACCUCAGCAUUGGCAACAGAACAACCGUCCUCCAAACAAUAAAAUGUCAUCAUUCCCAAGGCCUGUCCGCCCACCAGGAAUCUCACCUCCUACUUCCCAUGAACCUCCGUCAACAGGCUCUGAGAAACUAUUUGCGUCAUCUCCUAGCAUUCUUGGGGUGUCACAGGGUACUUUUACUUAUGAAGAAUUAGCAAGGGCAACCAAUAGUUUCUCGGAUGCUAAUCUCAUUGGUCAAGGUGGGUUCGGUUAUGUUCAUAAGGGAAUCCUUGGUGAUGGAAAAUUGGUUGCAAUUAAACAGCUCAAAGCUGGGAGUGGACAAGGGGAGCGCGAGUUUCAAGCAGAAAUUGAGAUCAUUAGUCGUGUUCAUCAUCGACAUCUUGUUUCACUUCUUGGAUAUUGCAUCACCGGAGCCCAAAGGAUGCUGGUUUACGAGUUUGUUCCGAAUGACACCUUGGAAUUCCAUUUGCAUGGAAAAGGGAGACCAACUAUGAACUGGUCAACUAGAAUGAGAAUUGCUAUUGGCUCGGCAAAAGGAAUAGCUUAUCUACAUGAAGAGUGUCAGCCCAAGAUUAUACACCGUGAUAUCAAGGCCGCCAAUAUUCUUAUUGACGAUAGCUUUGAAGCGAAGGUUUCUGACUUUGGGCUUGCUAAGCAUUCUUUGGAUACUGAUACUCAUGUCUCCACUCGAGUUAUGGGAACUUUUGGUUAUAUGGCUCCAGAGUAUGCAUCUAGUGGGAAACUCACAGAGAAGUCUGAUGUCUUUUCCUUUGGUGUUGUGCUUCUGGAAGUGGUUACUGGUCGACGGCCUGUUGAUAGAUCUCAACCCUUUGAUGACAGCAUCGUAGAUUGGGCAAGGCCUCUUCUCAGUCAAGCAUUGGAAGGUGGCAAUUAUGACACUCUAGCUGAUACAAAGCUGCAAAAGGAUUAUGAUUCCACUGAAAUGGCUCGAAUGAUUGCUUGUGCUGCAGCUUGCGUACGUCAUUCAGCACGGAUUCGUCCACGAAUGAGCCAGAUAGUUCGAGCUUUGGAAGGGAAUAUGUCUUUGGAUGAGCUAAGUGAUGGAAUUACACCUGGUCACAGCAUGGUGUAUGGUUCUUAUGGAAGCAUUGACUACAGUUCUGGCCAAUACAAGGAAGACUUAAAGAAAUUUAGAAAGAUUGCACUAGAAAGCCAAGAACACGACAGUAGCGAGUUCAGUGGACUCACAAGUGACUUGGGUAUGCAGCCAUCUAGCUCCAGCACUGAAGGUCAACAAACCACACAAGAGAUGGAACUGCAGAAAAAGGAGACAUCUGUGAAGGAUUCCCACGAAAGUCGAUGACAUUGUCUUAGUUCUUCUACCUCAUGUCAAUGGAAAUGGUAUUAGGGUGCGCCAUUUGCGGCAGGACAAGCGAGAUCUUCGGAAAAGUGCGAUUAUCUGAACUUCUCCACUUGAUCUGUUAGUGAGAAUAUAUGGUGGCGACUUGACGGUAGGAUUUAUGUGUUUAGUUAGGCAUUUUGCAUUUGGGUGCUUGUAUAUGCUUUAGAUAAGUAGUUCAAUCCUAUUUGGCUUCAGGCAUAUGAAAAUGAGGAACACUAACAAGGAGUGGUGUACGAAAUUGAACCAAAACAGAUUAAUUGAAUCAAACCACCAAAAUUUUUGUUUUU